AUGAAGAUAGUGAUUGACACGAAGUAUGUUACAGUUAAUGCUGGUGAUGUGAUGAUCAUAAUACAGGUCAUUAUAUUAGUUGCAGCAAACUAUGUACUACACAAAACAGAGCUUAAUAUGAUAUUGAAGGCAGGGAUUCUGACAGUGCAACUGUUGCUGCUUAUGUAUUACUUCUUGCUAAUGCUGAUAGAAAUGUACGAAGAGUGGGAAAUGCCCAGCCGUGUUUUGGACAUAGCAAGCAUUCGGAACCUGUCGUUCUUGUGUGAGUUUAUUUCCAUUAUUGUGUUGUUUUAUAUAUACUCCAAACAGAUCAGAACAGAUGAGAAGCACAAACUUUUCUACACAAAAGACUCAAUGCUUAAUAAAACAGCACAGGCUGGAGGCCUCUACAUCUGCGUGCUGGCUAGAAAGCUUUUUACAAAAGAUAAGCGGUCGGAUAUGAUUCAAUUCAUUUUUUCGUUGAUAUUUAUUUCAUUCAUGCUGAUUGCUAUAAUUGCAGACUAUGUAGUGUAUAGAAGACGCAUUGAUGACUUUAUUGCAGCGAGCAGUGGUAACUCGCACCGAUUCAGAAAUGUGACGUUAAUUUUUGCGAUGUUUUUUAUGCCGAUUGGAUCGCUGUUCAAGAAGAAUGUUGAGAAAGAUAUACUGCUUCUGAAAAUAGGAUGCAGUGUUAUUGCAGUAUUGUAUAUUAUUGGUUCGUUGUAUAUACUAUAUGAGGCAUUUAUUGAACAACCGAAUUAUAUGAAUAUAUUGGUACGCUGA